AUGAAUCCUAAUGAAAUCCUACAGGAUUUCUCCUCAGAUUCAGAAGACAACGAGCCUCCUCUGACCCCCCAGCACUCCGCAAUGACCUGGUCUCCUCGUGAUAUUAUAUCUAUGGACCAAGCCAUUCCGGACGGCCCGAUACAUCGCCCGCCUUCGUAUGCCGACUUUGAUCAACCAGUCCAUGGCCAGCAUACUCCACACCAAUACGACAAUCGACACGGCAUUUCUUCAAAUGCGCCUCGCAAGUCCCACGGCCAACCCCUACUGGGCUAUCAUGUCGAGGCUCCAACACCUCGUCAAACCAUGACAACGCCAGGGCAAAUAUACCAUAUUCCUGAGCGUGGUAAUCCAGGGAUUCUGACGAUGGCGAAUACUGCGCGACCUCAUCAGCAGCUCCCUCACCAAGUAGAAAGGCCUCCUACAGAGUUACUGUAUCCCACCUUAGCCAUCGCAGCCCCGACUCGAACUAGCCCCAGGACCUUUUCUACAAAGUCGGUUCCUAGCUCCGGAGUUCAGGAAUGCCUCUGCAAGUAUCUGCUCAAGCACGAGCCAGAAUACGCGCAGGCGGACACCCAACAAUCCAUCAUCCCAUUUCAGCAAUAUAUACACAACCUGAUAAGCCAGCCCCAGCAGCCAGUGACCUCUCAGGCACAGACGAUUCACAGGCAUGCAGCUAAACACUCCCCUCGGAUAUCUGCUCAGGUCCAAGAGGAAAACUGGUCAAAUUAUGUCCUUUCGACCGAAGCCACGACUAUCAGGCAUUUGCCGGCAUACGGCAACGCGGUUUAUGAUCCUUCUGAAGCAAAGAUCGAAUUUGACAAUCCUUUGAUGCAACUGCAAAGCAGAAGACUUGCCAGAAAUUUACUACCUCUUAUUAGUAUAUAUCCUUAUUAA